AUGUUUCGUUUUAAGAUCAGAGGGAUUGGAAAUCUUAUCCUGCAAAGUACUUUAAGAAUUCAAAACGAAAAGAAAAAGUCACCACAGGUGUUUUCCAGUUCAGGCGGUAACGCUGGGUUUGCUGCUGCCACAGCUUCUCAAAGGUUGUCUCUGCCAUGUACUGUAGUUGUUCCAAAGACAACAAAACAAAGAUUGAUCGAGAAAAUUAAGAGUACUGGUGCAAACGUCAUAGUUAAAGGCAAUCAUUGGAAGGAGGCCGAUACUUAUCUAAAGAGCGAAGUAAUGAAAAAUAUAAAUGAAUCAUCUUUUGAACCAAUCUAUGUACAUCCUUUUGAUGAUCCAGUUAUUUGGGAGGGCCAUUCUACGAUGGUUGAUGAAAUUCUAUACACUUUAAAAGAGCAACAAGUAGCUGUUGAUAAUGUAAAGGGUAUUGUUUGUAGUGUCGGAGGUGGUGGUCUUUAUAAUGGUAUCAUUAGAGGAUUAGAAAAACAUCAACUAACUAAUAGAAUUCCUGUUAUUGCUGUUGAAACUAUAGGGUGCAAUGUUCUUAAUGUAUCCCUCAAAGAGAACAAAGAGGUCGUAUUUGAUAAAAUCACCAGUAUUGCCACAUCUCUAGGCAGCACUACUAUAUCUAGAAAGACUUUUGAAUAUGCUCAAAAAUACAGUACUAAGUCUGUUGCGAUUAAUGAUGUUUCAGUUGUUGAAACAUGCUUAAGAUAUGCCAAAGAUUUCAAUAUGAUUGCUGAACCUGCUAUGGGUGCCUCUUUACAUAUGGCGUAUAACAAGGACUUAUUAGAACAAACAUUAGGACAUAAGUUGACCCCAGAUGAUGUUAUUAUAAUAAUUGCUUGUGGUGGUUCAUCUAGCACUAUCCAAGAGCUAGAAGAAGCUUUAGACAAAUUGAAAGAACAAACGACAGAAAUUCCAGCUUAUAAAAUUGCAAACUAUGAUCAUAUUCAUGAAUGA